GAUACUCCUCACGAGUUGUAGUUUAACACCAUUCCCUUGACAGCCUCAAUGCAGUAAUUCAGUCCCAUUUUUUUUUUCCCGUAAUUUUUUUUGGUAUUUCGAGAGAAAAUCUCUCUCCUCCCCCUCUUACAUCUGUUACCCAACAAGAAAUUAGAGAGGAGAGAGUAAAAAAUAUAUGUUUUGAGGGUUUCUUUCUCAUUCUCUGCUAUUGCCCACCUGAAUUCCCUGCUACCUUAAUUUUCUUUUGCUUUGUUGCCUAUUGAAGCUCCAUUGACGCUUCUUCUUUGCAGUUCCUUACAAGGUAACUGAUUUAAUCCACAAGGUUCAGGAUUUAAGGGUUUGCACGCAAGCUCAUAAAGCUCGAGCUCCCAGGUUUGAGAAAGCCUUGAUUGCUUUCUCUGUAAUGCAUUUGCAACUCAACAGUUUAUUGGGCUAUCUAUAUUGGGUGGCUUUUUAGGGUGGCUGUGGAUUACACAUCUUCAAUCCUGUGUGAUUUUUAUGUGCAAUUAUAUUGCUCGCAUGAGGAUUAGGGUUUUUGAGGAUUUCGGUGUUUGAGGUUCAAAGAUAUUAGUAUCUGGCCUUUGAUUGAGAUAUGAGUCGCAGGGUGCGACGUAAAGUGGCAAAGAAAGGAAAAGAGGUGGUGGUCUUGCCCAGUUUUCCUGAAAUUGAAGAUGAGGUUUCGUGUUCUUAUAGCAACGAGUCUGUUGAUUGGACUAGCUUGCCUGAUGACACAGUAAUUCAGUUAUUUUCCUGUCUGAAUUAUCGUGACCGUGCAAGCUUGUCAUCAACAUGUAGGACAUGGAGAGCUCUAGGUGGUUCUCCGUGCUUAUGGACUUCAUUGGAUCUCCGCGCCCAUAAAUGUGAUGCUUCCAUGGCAGCUUCACUUGCUUCUAGAUGUGUAAAUCUUCAGAAGCUUAGAUUUCGAGGAGCAGAGUCAGCUGAUGCAAUUAUACAUUUUCAAGCUAGGAAUUUGCGUGAAAUAAGUGGUGACUACUGUAGGAAAAUAACAGAUGCAACUCUCUCUGUGAUUGUGGCUCGGCACGAGUUGCUUGAAAGCCUCCAACUUGGGCCUGACUUCUGUGAGAGGAUCACCAGUGAUGCUAUUAAAGCAACAGCUUUUUGCUGUCCUAAACUUAAGAAACUUCGGUUGUCUGGAAUCAGGGAUGUUUCUGCUGAUGCUAUCAAUGCAUUGGCCAAGCAUUGUCAGAAUUUGAUUGAUAUUGGGUUCUUAGACUGUCUUAAUGUUGAUGAGGUAGCAUUGGGAAAUGUAGUAUCUGUUCGUUUCCUUUCGGUUGCUGGGACAUCAAAUAUGAAAUGGGGUGUGAUUUCACAUCUUUGGCAUAAGCUACCUAAACUGGUUGGAUUAGAUGUUUCAAGAACUGAUAUUGGUCCCACAGCUGUUUCGAGACUGCUAUCUUCGUCUCAUAGCCUGAAGGUUUUGUGUGCAUUGAAUUGUUCAGUUUUGGAAGAAGACAUCACCUUCAGUGCAAAUAGAUACAGAGGCAAAUUGUUAAUUGCCCUUUUUACUGACCUUUUUAAAGGACUAGCUUCUUUAUUCGUCGAUAAUGCAAAUUCAAAAAAAGGAAAAAAUGUGUUCUUGGAUUGGAGGAAUUCAAAAGCCAAUGACAAGAACUCAGAUGAUAUUAUGACUUGGCUUGAAUGGAUCCUGUCUCAUACACUUUUGCGUACUGCUGAAAGCAAUCCCCAAGGUUUGGAUGAUUUCUGGCUGAAGCAAGGUGCAGCAAUAUUACUUGGUUUGAUGCAGAGCUCGCAGGAGGAUGUUCAAGAAAGGGCAGCUACUGGACUUGCAACUUUUGUGGUAAUUGAUGAUGAAAAUGCUAGCAUAGAUUGUGGAAGGGCUGAGGCAGUUAUGCGGGAUGGUGGCAUACGCCUCCUUUUGGACCUUGCCAAAUCCUGGAGGGAAGGUCUUCAGUCGGAGGCUGCCAAGGCUAUUGCAAAUUUGUCUGUGAAUGCAAAUGUUGCAAAAGCUGUUGCAGAAGAAGGAGGAAUCAAUAUUCUUGCUGGGUUAGCGAAAUCCAUGAACAGGCUGGUGGCUGAAGAAGCUGCCGGAGGACUUUGGAAUCUUUCAGUAGGAGAAGAGCACAAGGGUGCCAUCGCCGAGGCUGGUGGAGUAAAAGCUUUGGUUGAUCUCAUAUUCAAAUGGUCCUCUGGUGGUGAUGGAGUUCUGGAACGUGCAGCUGGUGCUUUGGCAAAUUUGGCAGCUGAUGACAAGUGUAGCAUGGAGGUUGCAUUGGCAGGUGGCGUGCAUGCUUUAGUGAUGCUUGCUCGUAACUGCAAGUUUGAGGGAGUGCAAGAGCAGGCUGCUCGUGCCCUAGCUAACUUGGCUGCUCAUGGAGACAGCAACACUAACAAUUCUGCUGUUGGACAAGAGGCUGGUGCUCUCGAAGCACUCGUUCAACUUACACGUUCACCACAUGAAGGUGUCAGGCAGGAAGCUGCUGGUGCUUUGUGGAACUUAUCAUUUGAUGAUAGAAAUCGAGAAGCAAUUGCAGCAGCUGGUGGUGUUGAAGCCUUGGUUGCUCUUGCACAAUCUUGUUCUAAUGCCUCUCCGGGUCUUCAAGAGAGGGCUGCCGGAGCUCUUUGGGGAUUGUCAGUGUCAGAGGCCAAUAGCAUUGCCAUUGGACGAGAAGGAGGUGUUGCGCCUUUGAUUGCUCUGGCACGAUCUGAGGCUGAGGAUGUCCAUGAGACUGCUGCAGGGGCUCUUUGGAAUCUUGCUUUCAAUCCAGGAAAUGCUCUCCGAAUAGUGGAGGAAGGUGGAGUUCCUGCACUUGUACAUCUAUGUUCUUCGUCAGUAUCAAAGAUGGCGCGCUUCAUGGCUGCUUUGGCGUUGGCGUACAUGUUUGAUGGAAGAAUGGAUGAAUUUGCAUUAAUAGGAACUUCAACAGAAAGCACUUCAAAGAGUGUGAGCUUAGAUGGGGCUAGAAGGAUGGCUUUGAAGCAUAUUGAAGCUUUUGUUCUUACCUUCUCUGACCAACAAACAUUUGCUGUUGCUGCCGCCUCUUCAGCUCCUGCAGCAUUGUCACAGGUGACUGACAGGGCUCGUAUUCAAGAAGCAGGACACCUCAGAUGCAGUGGAGCAGAGAUUGGAAGAUUUGUUACCAUGCUACGAAAUCCUUCUUCUAUACUCAGGGCCUGUGCUGCAUUUGCUCUUCUCCAGUUUACCCUUCCUGGCGGCCGGCAUGCUAUGCACCAUGCAAGUCUCAUGCAGACUGCUGGAUCUGCACGAAUUGUGCGUGCAGCAGCAGCUGCAACGACUGCACCGCUUGAAGCCAAAAUUUUUGCAAGAAUUGUAUUGCGUAACCUGGAGCAACACCAGAUAGAAUCUUCAAUAUGAAGGCAGCUGCCAACCCUAGCCUAAUCUCAUUGAUGGAGGCCUUUUCACCUAUAAAAUCUCACAGCUUCCCUUCAAAGGGAAGGAAUCAGCACUGCUUUGUGAACGACAUAGACGAGCCAAGCAAUGUGCUCAAGAAACACUGCUCAAUGCAACUUCUUUCCCUUCUUCCCCCUGUUUAGGUACUUAGAGGUUGUUAUUUGGUUCUCAAGAGUGUUUUUUUUUUACCCCUUUUUGUAGCAAUUCCUUACAUAUAGAAGUGCUUUUCAUGGGGGGAUUGAUCUAGAAACAAGUAAAUAAUCAUUUGUUCCUUUCUUCUAUUCUAUCUGUAUUCUUUAUGACUUCUUCAUUAUAAUGCAAUUGAGAAGCUGUUUGAGACUUA